AUGGACACGGACCCUGAUAUCGCUUCAGAAGCUCUUUUUCGCCCUGCGAAACGGCGGAAGUUUAUACGGCGACGCCCAGAUGACAGCUCCGAUACUACCGCCGGGGACCGGGUUGCCAAUAGCAAUGAAAAUGAUGGAGCCCAACCUGCUCUAGACAACGGCAAUGAUACAGAGCUUACAGGUGUCGUCCGUCUUCGACGACCUCAUACUACUCGGAAAGGGGGCAUUGGGUUUGCCGCCACAUCGCGAUUGGGCCAGGACGACAUUCGGCAGACAGCGCUGGGCCCGGCGAGAGAUCUGGACAAAGAGACGGUUCAAGAUAUGAGUGAUCGAUUCACCGGGAAUAGCGGCCAGACGGUGGACGUGGACAGGCACAUGAUGGCCUACAUAGAUUCCGAGAUGGCUAAGCGUUACCGACGCAGCCCACAACCAGAGAAGCAGAGUCUUGAUCGACCCUCACAAGAAUCCAGCGGUGUCCAGACUAUAGCUGGGCAGCUCGAGCGCGAGCCUGCAUCGCUCGGCCGACUACACGAGAUCGAUCUCGGCCAGGAGACCAAGUUACAGAAUAUUGCGCGUACUGAAGCCGCCACUCGACAAUUGGUUGGGGAUGAUGACUCGCCAACUCCCGGAGAAGCCGCUACACCGAGCGAACGUCCCGGUCCCAGUGAGAAAGCGUGGCGAAAGGGCAAAAGACGGACCAGCGCCGACAUCGAACGAGACCGACUGGUGGAGGAAGUAUUGCGUGAAAGCAAACUGGAUGUCUACGACGAACCAGAGGACGAAGUCCCGCAUGAUGGCCAGGCUGCCGACGACCGAAUCGCGGAGCAGUUCCGACGAGACUUCAUGGACGCGAUCGAAGCCCGCCGCCGAAUGCCCAAGACACGCACUACCAAGACCGAGAAUACCGAGGUACCCAAAGGACCCAAGCUGGGCGGCAGCCGCAGUGCGAGAGCAGCGAUGCGGGAGAUGCAGAGCAAGCCCGGGCCGAAAUAA